AGGAGGGUCCGCGGCGGUAGGCAACGAGAGGAGGAGCCGGAGAGAAGGCGGCUAGAAAUGGAGUGAGAGAGAACUGACUCGGAAUCGUUUGUCUGAUUGAAGAGCUACGAAAAAGAUCGAGACAAAGACAACGAAUAAACAAAAAAGAAAACCAGAACAUUUCGGAAUAGGAGAAGUUGGCACAGAGAUGGUUGUCUUUAUGUCGAAAGGAACCCCAGUUUUGUCCGUUUUCCGUCCCUGAAGGUUGUCCAAGACAAGUCUGUGUAUAGUACAAGUGUCCAGCCUAUCAAGGUGUCGUAAGGGCAUGUUUGACAGUGUCUCAGAGAUUUCAUUAUGAGUCGAGGUGGAUGGAGGAAGCGGGUCAAUGAAGAUGAUGUCUGGGGGGGUUGGAGUGGAUAUAAGGCUGCCAAAGUCUGCAAGCUGGAGGAGCAGUUUAAACUGGAGGCACCCAAACAGCAGCAGAAGGAGGGCAUCUCUUCUAAUAUCUUCAGCGGAGUGGCCAUUUAUGUCAAUGGCUACACUGAACCCACAGCAGAUGAACUGCGGAAGUUAAUGAUGCUCCAUGGAGGUCAAUACCACAUGUACUACUCCAGAUCUAAAACCACACAUAUCAUUGCCAGCAAUCUGCCCAACAGCAAAAUCAAGGAGCUCAAGGGAGAGAAGGUAGUACGACCAGAAUGGAUCACAGACAGUAUACAGGCCGGCCGUCUUCUUUCGUACGUCCAGUAUCAGCUUUAUGCCAAGCAGAAAAGCCUCAACUUCAACAACGUAUGCAAAAACGAGGAGCCUAGGCCGGGGCCAAGUAAUAUUCACAAGGAGUUCGAGAACAGGGUAAACGGUACAGCAAAGAGCGUGCCUGAUCCAGUCAGAAACUCGAAAGCGAAUGGUUUGCAUGGCUGGGAAAACCUUGAAGAGGAAGAUGAAGACUUUGAAUUCAGAGAGCUGGAGUCGGUCUCACCUGUGCGCAACCAGAAAGCAAUGGAUCACCACAGGGACCCUCCAACCAUGGCCAACGGCAACGCACACAGGUCAAACGGUGCCUUAAAACCACUAGAACAGACGCUACAUUCGGGCAAGGCUUCUAUGGGUAAUACCCAAUGCCUUUUGUUGGACAGAGACAGCGUUGACUUCAGAGACUGUGGGGCACAGCGGCAGCAGCACGCUAACCAAAACAGUGUUGCACAUUCAAACUCUGCCCACCCGGCAAACUUGUCAUCUUUGCACAGUAAUAUUAAACUCAAUGGUGCUCAUCUUACUGUUCAGGGGCCUUUACAUGCUAAAAGCACUUCAGAGCCAUCACCAAGCAAACUCUCCACAGCUGGUCUUGCCUCUUCUCAUGCUAUGGCCAGGCCUGGGGAGCCCAACUUUAUAUCCGAGUUCUAUUCCCACUCCAGAUUGCAUCACAUAUCGACGUGGAAGUGCGAGUUCACAGAUUUUGUUAACACGCUCCAGCGGCAGAGCAAUGGCCUCUUCCCAGGAAGGGAGAAGAUUAAAAAACUGAGUGCAGAAAGGACCUCUCUGCCUUCCACUGACACAGGGAACACAGGUCCACCUACCCCCGCUGGUCCCCAGAGACGCCAAACCUGUAUAAUGCACGUGGACAUGGACUGCUUCUUUGUGUCAGUGGGCAUUCGAGAGAGACCUGAUCUUCAAGGGAAGCCAGUGGCUGUCACCAGCAACAGAGGGGGCGGAAAAGCGGCCCUGCGCCCAGGGGCCAACCCCGAGUUAGAAAUGCAGUAUUACAAGCGGAGGUACAUGAAGAAUAAAACGGAUGAAAAAGUCCCUGAUAAAGUGGGAGGUGUUACACUGGAGAAUCCUGAUGCUGCUCGUAUGAACGGAGUGGAUCUGGACCGAACUGCUUUAUCCAUGGCGGAAAUAGCGUCUUGUAGUUAUGAAGCCAGACAGGCUGGCAUCAGGAACGGGAUGUUUUUUGGCCAGGCAAAGCAGCUAUGCCCGAACCUCCAAUCUGUUCCAUAUGAUUUUCACUCCUACAAAGAGGUGGCACUUACCUUGUAUGAAACCUUAGCAAGCUACACGCAUGACAUUGAAGCUGUGAGCUGCGAUGAAGCCCUGGUAGAUGUGACUGACAUUAUGACUGAGCUAGGAGUAUCUGCAGACUGCAUUGCAAGUGCACUACGUGCCGAAAUCAAAGACAAAACGAAAUGCUGCGCCUCAAUUGGAAUGGGUUCAAACAUUCUGCUGGCCAGAAUGGCAACCCGCAAAGCCAAACCAGAUGGACAGUAUUAUUUAAAGCCAGAGGAAGUUGACGAUUUUAUUAGAGAUCAGCUAGUCACUAGUCUGCCAGGAGUCGGAAGGUCGAUGGGGUAUAAACUCGGUGCCAUGGGUGUGAAGACCUGCGGGGACCUGCAGCAGGUCUCCAUGCCCAAACUGCAGAAGGAGUUUGGGCCGAAAACUGGUCAGACACUAUACCGCUUCUCUCGAGGGCUGGAUGACAGGCCGGUGAAGACAGAGAAGGAGAGGAAAUCUGUGUCUGCUGAAAUAAACUAUGGGAUACGGUUUACACAGACUGCAGAAGCCGAGGCGUUCCUGCUGAACCUCUCUGAAGAGAUCCAGCGGAGACUGGUGGCGGCAGGAAUGAAGGGGAAGCGCCUCACUCUCAAGGUUAUGGUUCGGAAAGCCGGCGCUCCUGUGGAAUCGGCCAAAUAUGGAGGCCACGGCAUCUGUGACAAUCUAGCCAGGACUGUUAACCUAGAGCAGGCCACAGACAACAGCAAGGUUAUCGGGAGAGAAACCCUCAAAUUGUUCCAGAUGAUGAAACUAAAUGUAUUGGACAUGAGGGGGGUUGGCAUGCAGAUGCAGCAGUUGGUCCCAGUCUUGAGAACAGCUUCCGUCACCUCAUCCCACGCAAUGGCCCAGUCAUGCUCUGUCAGGGAUCUCCUCCUGGCUCAGAAAUCAAAGAGGCCAGGCAGCCUAGCCACUGCUGCUCCUGAAGUGCACGAGUCAGUGGAGUGUUGUGACAGGUCCUCCUCUGUGAGAAACACUGCUGUCUUAUCGCCUCAGAAAACCCUGUCGACACUGGAGCCCAUGCCAAGUACCAGCAGGUCUGAGCCGGAGGUCCGGUACAACGGAGGUCUACACACGCCGCACAGCAUGAAGACCAGGCUAAACCUCAGCAUAGAGAUCCCAUCACCAUCACAGAUAGACCACUCAGUGUUGGAAGCCUUGCCUGCAGAAAUCAGAGAGCAGGUGGAGCAGAUGUAUUUGAGCAGGUCGGAGGAGACGCCAAACGGAUUUGUCACAGGGCCAGAGUCACUGGGCACCCUCGUUCUGCAGGUCCCAGAGCAGCUGGGCCAGGACAGUCACAGUGGCAUCAUUGUAGCACUGCCAGAACUCUCCCAGGUAGACCCAGACGUGUUUUCAGCAUUACCUGCGGAGCUGCAGGAGGAGUUGAAGACGGCCUACAGCCAACAGCAGAGAGUUCCCGAGGCCCCCAACAACCAGCAGGUCACAGUCGUGACAAGGAACACACAUCUGCCUCUGAAGCAGCCACUUACUGUGAAGACAAAGAAGCACAACAAAAAGAAAAACCUGGUGAGCCCGGUAAAGAGGACAGAGAGCCCUCUGAAGAACAAGCUGCUGAAGAGCCCAGCGAAAAGCAGUGGAAUCAGAACUGGGAGCCCUCAGAAACUCAUUGUUGACUUCCUGAAAUAUGAAGAAAGCGCUGCAGAGAAACUAAAGCUUGAGACGGGGCCCUCCACGUCGGGUCUCGUACCUGUUCCCCAGGAGGAAGCCUCAAAAGUGCCAGUCCACCAAGGGCCUAACCUUGCUGGAGCGUUUGAGCUCAGAGACAUCAAGGCCCUGCUGAAGGAAUGGGUCACCUCCAUCUCGGAUCCCAUGGAGGAGGACAUUCUGCAGGUUGUGAGGUACUGCACAGAUCUUAUAGAAGACAAAGACCUGGAAAAACUAGACCUCGUCAUUAAAUACAUGAAAAGACUAAUGCAGCAGUCGGUGGAUUCAGUUUGGAACAUGGCAUUUGACUUCAUUCUUGACAACAUUCAAGUGGUAAUACAGCAAACAUAUGGUAGCACAUUAAAAAUUGCAUAGGGAAAAAAACUGUAAUUAUAUGAAUACUGUAUAUAAAAAUGUAAAAAUGAAUUGAGAGCCUGGAGCUCUUAACUCGCUGUGCCAUAACUGCUUGUGAAGUACUUGCAAAUAGCAUGGUAGUAAUGCUCUAUGAAAAAUGUUUUAUAUAAAAAAAAUAAAGGGUUUUGUACAUUUCUUUGCGGAAGUGCCAAAUUUGUCAGUAUUGCAUGUAAAUAAUGGUUUAAAUUUGAUCUUCUCUUGUAGAAUAGAUUCUGUUUACAAAAUGGUUGUUUAUAAAAGUUUUAUGGAUUUUUACAGUGAAGUGUUUACAGUUAUUUAAUAAAGAACUGUAUGUGGUUUUUGGAAAAGAA